AUGGUUAAUUCACUUAGACCUGUUCUGUUUCUAACUCUUUUAGUUUCAUUAUUCAUCUCAAUUUCCGCUCAAACUUGUACAACAUAUGUGUUUCCAAGAGAUAAUAAUCAAGUCAAUACUGAUUUCACUUCUUGUAAUGAUUUACCAUUCUUGAAUUCAAUUAUUCACUGGAAAUAUGAUUCAUCAACUGGGAGAUUAAACCUCGCGUAUCGACAUACAGAUAUCGAUUCAGAUAGAUGGAUAGCUUGGGCUAUUAAUCCAACUGGAAUAGGAAUGGUAGGAUGUCAAGCCCUUGUUGCAUAUCAAAAAGAUGGGCAAAUGCUUGCUUAUACAUCUCCGAUCCCGUCCUAUCGAACAUCUCUAGCCCAAGGAGACUUAUCUUUUAAAGUUUCUGCUUUGAGUUCAAGCUUUCGGAAUAGGGAGAUGACAAUAUUUGCAACUAUACAACUGCCGAUUAAUACUAGUGUUAUUAAUCAUGUUUGGCAAGAAGGUCCGGUUGUUAAUGGUAAACCUGGUAUGCAUGCCAUGACUGCGGCUAAUAGACAAUCUAUAGGUUCUUUGGAUUUGCUCUCUGGAAAUCAAUCUAAAUCUUCCGGUGGUGGUGUCGCUGUUGAUUCAAGAACGAAACUCAAGAACGUUCAUGGAGUAUUAAAUGUUGUUGCUUGGGGAAUUAUGAUGCCUGUUGGAGCCAUUGCUGCAAGGUAUUUGAAGGUAUUCAAUUCAAUGGGCGCAGCAUGGUUUUACAUACACAUUACUACCCAAACUUCUGCUUACAUUGUGGGAAUUGCUGGAUGGGCAACCGGUCUCGUGCUCGGUAGUAAAUCUCCAGGCAUUCAACUUAAUGCCCACAAAAACAUUGGGAUUACUUUAUUCGUUCUCGCCACACUUCAGGUUUUUGCUUUGGGUUUGAGGCCGAAGCCUGAUCACAAAUAUCGAUUCUACUGGAAUAUCUAUCACCGUUUGACUGGAUACGUAGUUAUAGUACUCAGCGUCGUUAACAUAUUCAAAGGUUUUGAUAUUUUGGAGCCUGAGAAGAAAUGGAAGAAUCUAUACAUAGGCGCGCUUAUAGGUUUGGCUGUUGUUGCGGUUCUGUUAGAAGCUUUUACAUGGUACGUAGUUUUGAAGAGGAAGAAAGCUGCAGGGAAAUCUAAUCAUGAAUCAAAUGGUCACACUGGUGCUAUUAAUGGAAACACAUUCGGUGGUUCAACUGAAUCGGUUGUGUAA